UUCACUGAAAUAUCAUCACUCUCCUCCACUGCUUUCAGAACACCCCGGUGGCCUCUUCUCCUCCUAGCUAAUUCCGGCGACAAGGCUAAUGUAUAUGUUGAUAUGGAAGAGCAGAAAGCUGAUGACGGGACAAUGCUCAUUUUUCAGGUUGGAGUUUUGGAUAAGAAAAGGAUAUUGCAAAGAAACCUUAACAACAUAGCUAAAAAUGCAGAUACAUCCACCGCGUAUGGUCUGAACUGCACUUUGAAAGAGGUGGUAAAAGCUCUUCUUCAACAUGAUAAUUCGUCUUUGAAGUUUCGCGAUCUAUCUCUUGAGUAUCAAACUUAUCUAACAAGGGGGAGCUUAGACAAGUCUUUUAAAAGAAAUCUCAAUGAGCUGCUUGAGGGAUUCGCCGGACGCGAUAUUACAUUGGGGAAUGUAAACGGUGUAAAAUAUAGGAAGCGAAUUAAAGUUAACAGGAGAGUUGACAAUGAAUAUACAAUGGUUACAGUUAUGGUGCUUGCUACUGGUCACUACUUGAUUCCUAAAAAAAAAGAGAAGGGAAGAAAGUACUUUGACUCCCUCGCAGUGUUGCAAACACUUCAACAUAUCCCAAAAAACCAAAUACAGUCUGUUGAAGUAUUUUGGUCACCACAAAAAGAAGAUGAGGUUCUGUCGGAGGAAGAUAUACGAAGAUGUACUAAAAUGGCACCAAUGGAAGAUGGUCGUAUCUUCCUCAUUUGAUUAUCUCUAGCAUUACUAUACCUCUAGAUAAUUAAGGUUAAGAGGUUUAGACCUUUACAAGACAAGGUUUUCCUUGUACAAAUGCAUUUUAGGAUAAUUAUGCAAAUAAAAGAAGACCUCAGCUUGUGACAUUAUACUUUAACAGAUUUAUGUGUGCAUUGCCUUUUCGUAAAUAUGUGAACUGUUUUUUAGCCAAGUCAAGCUUGUCAAGCCAAGACAAGUAACAUCAUCUGUCAAUUUUGCCAGGUCUUUGAGUCACAAUAUUUAUUCUAACUCAAGGCUGCUAAGUACUGCUUAUCAAUCUUGUACUAGUAGCAGUUUAAGAGUAAAUUAUUAUUGUAAUAAUGUUGCUGAUCCUUUUGCUGCUGAAAAAGUUGUGAUGAUGAUGAAGCCUAGUGUUGGUAAAUCUACUAACCCUGGUCCUAGUAUUCGAGAUUUUGUUGAUACGAUAUCUCGAAUUUUGGCAUCCUUAUUGACAUAUGGUGUAGUUUUUACUUUUUUAACUGUGCCUGCAUGCUUUUAUGCUUCAAAUUCUGCCUUGGCUGCUUCAAAUGGUAAAAUUCGCGGCUCUGGCUCAUCAUCAUCUUCUCCCUCCUCCUACGAUGCAGUGCUUUCGUAUUACCGUUUAGGUUAUAUGUCUAAAGACCAUAGUGUGGAUUAUUCCAACAAAGACGAGGAAGAUACCUGUACUUGUGAUACUAGUUGUACAGACUGCAUUGAUUGCGAGAUUAGGAAAAACGGCUACAAAGUAGAGGAAGAAGAAGAAGAAAACAAUUCAAGCACUGAUUCAUGUUCUUGCAAUUGCCACUCUACCUGUUAUUUCCACAAAAAACACGACUUUUUAUUUGAGAAUAUAUUAGGUUGUAUUGUUCUUGCUGCAACAGUUCUUUUAAUUGUCGCAGCAGUAGUAAAUGAGUCGGAAUAUUCCGCGCCGAGGAUUUGUGGAAGAAAGAAAAGAAGAAAGAAGAAGUCCGAAUAAUCCCUUUUAGGAACGUGUUUAGUUGUUAGUUUUCUCUAGUACGUGUUUAGUGCUCUGCUUUUCCAGAGUUGCAGUUAUCACGUUGGAUACGUGAGCUAGGAUUUCUCAUUCUGUUCUUGUAGAAGUCUAUAUAUAUGCCAAGCUUAUUCAGUAAUAAAGUGUGUUCUAUUCCCAUUUUCAGUACUUAACAUUUUGGUAUCAAAGCCUAGGCUUGAUAAAACCAAAGCAGCAGUC